AUGGACAUUAAGCAAAUCGUGAAUUCGAAAGGAGGAAAAGUAGCAGCGGCAGCAGCGGCGGCAGCCAGCGGAGCAGCACAAGACUUACAACUACUUCAUUCAAUUCAACAAGCCAACAAUAUGGCCCCAAUGUCGGACACUGGCUCAGAGAGAGGCACUUCGCCUCAUGAUUCCGAGCGCUCACACUAUUCCGGUCCUCGUUACGGUCCAUCAAUGACCAACAUGAAUGGUGGACCGAACUUGAUGCGCUAUCCUUCCCCGACUGCAAUGCAAAACCCGAUGCCAAUGAUGCAGCAGCCAUAUCAGCCCAACCCAAACUUCGAAAAUCCUAUGAUGCAGCCGGAGCCUCCUCGACCUGCUCGCCAGACCACAGGCGAAGGAGCUCCAAAAGCAUUCCCUUGUAGUUCAUGUGGAAAGGGAUUCGCUCGUCGAAGCGAUCUCGCAAGACAUGAACGCAUCCACACCGGUGUACGACCUCACGUCUGUGAACAUCCCGGCUGUGGAAAGCAAUUCAUUCAGCGCUCAGCUCUUACGGUUCACAUGAGAGUGCAUACUGGAGAAAAACCACAUAUGUGUGAACGUUGUGGAAAGCCCUUCAGUGAUUCGAGCUCCCUUGCGCGACACCGACGUAUACACUCAGGCAAGAGGCCUUACAAGUGCCCCUACGCAGAUUGCCAGAAGACCUUUACUCGCCGAACCACUCUCACUCGUCACCAAAACCACCACACUGGAACAGUCGAGGAGGCAGCUGCAGCAACAGCGGCAGCCUUAGCCACCCGAAGUACUCAUCCAGGAAGACAACGUUCAGAUGGUGAGCCCUACUCAAACACCGGUUCUCCCAUGUCUACACCCUCUCCUCUUCAACGUACACAGUCAGCGUCGCCGAACUCCGAACUCGCACCCAUGAAUCACAUGCCGCGCCACCCACAAGAGUUUCAAUACAUGAACACCAGUUCGUUACCUGGACAUCUACGUGGUGACUAUCCUAUUCAAAACCAGCCGCCGCAAACAACGGCGCCGUUUGCAACCAACAUGAGGCCAACUUCACAUCCAACUGGUUACGGCCCUCCGCAAGUUCUCGAGCCUCCCGCUAACUCAGAACAACGUCAAGGCGGCAGUGCUGGUAACAGUCCCCACAUGAGUAAUGCGGGAUGGGCAUCACCAUCACAAAAUAUGCCAUCCCCAUCGCAAGGCAACUACGUGUAUCCAGAUCCAGAUCCAUAUAACCAAGGCCAGAUGGGUCAGAUGUACUAUGGCACAUCCAAUGUUCGAAGACCUCAAAGCACUGAACCAGACGGAUAUGAUGUCAAGCCACGGAUGAACGAAAUGUGGGCAACUGCGCAGUAG